CCAAAGCCAAUUACCCUCUCUGUCUCUCUGUGUCUCUGUCUCUCUCUCUCUCUCUCUCUCUCUAACUUGUACCAGUUUUAACUAACUAAUAACAUCUUUACAUUCCUGAAUUCAGGAACAGUAGAAGAGUAGAAGAAGAAGAAGAAGCUGGUGCUUAACCUGACAGCCAUGUCUAUAGCUUCAAGUAGCUAUCCAUCUCUCUACUCUUCACCUCCAUUUCCAAGAACCAAUACUUCCACAAAUAAGCAAAACCCACUUGUCUUUUACCAGACCAAUCACUUCUUAUCCAAAAAUUUCUCAUUUUUCACCUAUUCAACGUCUCUUUCCAAUACCCAUUUGCUAAAGAACUCCAAUUUGACCGUUAAUGCAUCGGAAACAGAGUCCAAGACACCAAAAUCGGGGAGUGGAAGUGAAGGAGGAGAAGAAGAAGGAGAAGGAGAAGAAAAAUAUGAAGAAUAUGAAGUAGAAAUAGAACAGCCUUAUGGGCUUAAAUUUGCAAAAGGCAGAGAUGGUGGGACUUAUAUUGAUGCUAUUGCACCUGGUGGAUCUGCUGAUAAGACUGGAUUGUUCUCUGUUGGUGAUAGAGUUAUUGCCACAAGUGCUGUGUUUGGGACAGAGAUAUGGCCAGCUGCUGAAUAUGGAAGGACUAUGUAUACUAUUCGUCAAAGAAUCGGUCCAUUGCUGAUGAGAAUGCAGAAGAGAUAUGGGAAAUUGGAUUACGCUGGCGAAUUAACAGAGAAGGAAAUUAUUAGAGCUGAGAGGAACUCUGGUGUAGUUAGUAAUAGAGUGAGGGAAAUUCAAAUGCAAAAUUACCUGAGGAAAAAAGAACAGAAAGCACAAAGAGAGAACGAUCUUCGAGAAGGUCUACAACUUUACAAAGCUGCCAAAUACGAGGAAGCACUGGAGAAAUUUGAAUCUGUAUUGGGAUCAAAACCAGAACCAAUGGAAGCUGCAGUGGCAAGUUAUAAUGUUGCCUGUUGUUAUUCAAAGCUUAAUCAGCUAAAAGCUGGCCUGUCUGCACUUGAAGAUGCCAUGCAAGCAGGAUUUGAAGACUUUAAGAGAAUCCGGACAGAUCCUGACCUUGCCAAUUUAAGAACAUCUGAAGAAUUUGAGCCUCUUCUGAAAAGGUUUGAUGAAUCAUUUAUCAACGAGAAUGCAAUCAAUGCCAUCAAAUCUCUAUUUGGAUUCAACAAGAAAUAGAGCCAUGAAUUGAUUCCCACAAAGUACAGGAAUCACAGUGGGGGUAAUACACACCAACUUACAAGAAGCUAGCAAUUGAUCUGUUGCUUCAGACAAUAAGUUUCUGUUGUAUAAUUUUGUUUAUAGCAUUAGCUUCAGGUGAGUUUGAAGAAAUUCUGCAUGAUUUGUUGAAUGGUAUCUUAUUUACCAUUCUUUCUUGAAACAUCGUCUAUAAUCUGUAGUCCUCUUGACAGAAGAAUGAAGAGCAGAAAGGCAAACAGGAUAAUCUUGUGCAGAAUAAAAUUUUUGUCCAUUUUUUUAA